ACAUGUGCAGUAUCAGUUUGUGUAUAUUUUGUUUAUAUAUAAGUCCAUGUUUUAAACGUACGAAAUGGGGAAUAAAAGAAAAAAGCGAGAUGAGAAUGAUUACGAAUAUGAUCCUGCUCCGAAACAUUUGCAAAUAGGUCAUAUUAAGAAUCAAGAAAAGCGUCUUGUUGUUAUAUUGGAGAAUGCUCAACUAGAAUCUGUGAAAGUUGGAAACAGUUUUGAGCUAUUAAACUGUGAUGAUCAUAUAAAUAUAUUAAAGAAAAACAAUCGUGAUCCAGGCACAUGCAGGCCAGAUAUUGCUCACCAAUGUUUAUUAAUGUUAAUGGACAGUCCAUUAAAUAGAGCAGGACUAUUGCAAAUUUAUAUUCAUACAGAAAAAAAUGUAUUGAUAGAAAUUAAUCCACAGACUAGGAUACCAAGAACAUUUAAACGCUUUGCUGGAUUAAUGGUGCAAUUAUUGCAUAAAUUUAGUGUUAGAGCAUCUGAUGGACCAAUGAAGCUCCUUAAAGUAAUUAAAAAUCCUAUAUCGGAUCACUUGCCUGUUGGUUGUCGUAAGAUAUUGAUGUCGUUUAGCGCAAAUAAAGUAUUAAAUCCACGUGAAUUUGUACCUCCCGAAGAUCCAAUUGCUAUUGUAGUUGGAGCUAUGGCACAUGGCCAAGUUAAAACAGAUUAUACAGAGGAUACCAUUUCAAUCAGUAAUUAUCCUCUCUCAGGUGCUGUUACAUGUAGCAAAUUAUGUACAGCGUUUGAAGAAGUUUGGGGAAUUAUUUAAUAAAAAGUUCCUUUUGUAAAAUGGCAAAAUUUUAUAAAUUGGUGUUUUAUAAAGCGCUAGAGUCGUUAAAAAAAUGAUUUUUAAUCAGCUAUUUAAUUUUUAAGGUUCUCUGAAAUCUAAACAAUGCUCUAUGUCAGAUUAGUAAAAAUAAAUUUGUUUAAAUAAUAUUUUAUUUUUAUUUAUUUUUACGACAUUGUACCCAAUUAUGCAAUUAUUUAAGCUAAUUCUAAAUAAUCACAUAUUGAUAAAUGAUCUUGCGUUAUGUCAAAGUUCUCUGAUAAUGAUUCGCGAUGAAAAAUAAGGGACAAAAAAAAAAAAUUUUUUUCGCUUGUGACAAUUUAUUGUACAGCUAUUUUUUUUUAAAUUUGAAAUCUAUAGUUGAAAUCUUUUAAAGAAAUUCUUUUGAAAAAAUUCUUUUGAAAAAAUUCUUUUACCUGAUACUACAAAGAAAAAAACUUUCACUUUUAUGACGGUCUUUUAUGACGGUCUUUUAUAACGGACUUUUAUGACUUAAGAUCCUUUUUUCAAAAAUUUCCGAAGAUUCCAUCUUUAAGCAGGAUAAUAAAAAUUUAUUGUUAUUUUUAACGGACGUUUCGUAAACAAUGACUUGAAAUAAAAAAUUCCCAACUAAAUAUAAAAUAAAAAAAUUUAUUCCUGAUAAUUAGUCGUAUAUUCUUGAUUUUUUUCGAAUCGAUAGCCGAAUUCGUUUGGAAAAUUUCUUUUAUAAUAUACUACAGAUAAGACAAGAUAAAAACUUUCACUUUUGUAAUGGUUGGUAUAUAUCUUUGAAAAAUUUCAAGGUUUCAUAUUAGUCAGGUAGAAUAAUGAAAACUUAUCGUUAUUUCUAUUGGUGUAAACGCGAUGACUCAUCAAUAUUUAGAAGCUCUUAAACGAUUGGGUCGCAUCCGAAAUCUAUCGAGCACGAACCAAUCGUAGCUUAGAAUGCGGGGUUAAAUGCAGCCGGAAACAGGGAAAGACGCGCAGAGUUCCAUCGCGUGUCUACGUAUAUACGUCGUAUGUAUUUCUUUUUUGACUUUCGUAUUUCAUUACGUCAUGAAAGCGCAGAAGUGGGUUUUAUCAAUCAUCAAGAAUACGCUGAAUUACAUAUAAACAGAGCUCGUCCCGCUGUCUCGUGCGUCGCGAGAAGCCGCGGUAUCUGAGAUACACGUACGACGCUGCCUGGCGUAUCGCGAUUACAUGCGUAGUGAGAAGUUAGUCUCCGAGUGAGAGAGAAGUGCGAUCGCGUCGAGUGGUUCAACAUAUACACAUAUAUUACAUAUAUUACGUCGCCGUUUUGUGGCCGUGAACUACGCGCGUUGUCGCGAUACACGUGUCAGCUGUCAUAUGAAAAAAAAAAAUCUUCAGAUGGACCGAAGAAUGUUGUAAAUUAUGAUAUAUUUCUUGUGAACAUGCUUCUCUGACGACGACGAGGUCUGCACGUUUUCGGUACCUCAUUUGACUUUCGUAGUGGCAUGUCACGAGUCCACGAUAUCUGCCGACGCCAAGAACGAGACGAGCAAUCGCAUUUCGCAAAUCCUAACCAACGAUACGUGACGCAUUCGCACGAUAUUACGGACGACGUCUCUCCCGAUGCUCCCCACAUUUGUUCGGCGUUUAUCAACGGCGUGUGACGGGUCGAGGUAAAGGUCAAGCGUCUACGUAUUAUCGCCAUAUUGAGCGAGUGCUAACGGAACGAUACGAUAUCGAUGACGACAUACACGUCACGGUGUGAAACGUUACGCGAAUCGCGCGGAAAUAUCGACUUCUUAAAACGUUGCGUUAUUUACGACUUGUGGAACAUUGUGUCGCUGUCGGUACUCCUAAAGUCGGUAAUUAUGGAUUUUGCGCUCUGUGCGUUUCCCAUGAUGCGUCGCGUGGCAACGGCAGAAUCGUGGAAUCGGACCAUUACUCGACGAUGCGAUUGAUGUAAUAUAACUUGGCAAGGUUAGAUUUUACAUUUCGACAAAUUAAUCACCGUGCACUCUUUAGCAUGAUACAAGUUCCAAUCGAUUGAUGAACUAUUUAUCAUUAUUAUUUAGAAAACAAUCGAUCUUUAUAUCGUGCUCGUCGAAAGAAGUGCAUUAUGGGUGGACAUGAAACGUUGGAAAUUAACCGUUAAUUUUCGGAUUGGUUAAUGAAGUGUACACGUAUAUACAUGCAUAUACCUCUGCAAAUAAAGAUUUAUGAAUAUUACAAUA